AUGGCAAUGGACCUCUCGGUGGACAUGAUGCCAGAAGACCUGUUCACAGAGGCAGGCGUUCACGCCAGCGACGACGAGGCAAUGAAAGAGGCAGAGGAAGGGGGCGAGGCAGCGGCAGGGCAGAACAAAGGCAGCAAGCGAAAGCGAGGUGCAGGCCCGGAGAACCAGGAGAAGGGCAGCCAAAGCAGCGGGAAGAAGUCCGACAAGUCCGCCCAGGGAGAAGGCAUGUCCUUCAACCAAGCCUUCUGCCACAAAGAUAAGUACAAGUUGGACCAGUUAGGAAGACUGGCGAAGAACCAGCAGAAGACAGAGUGGUUCAAAACCGUGAGACAGGAUGAAAACAAAGUUCAGCGCCUGCUCAAAGCCUACAGGGACGUGACAGGAGAUGACGGGGAGGGCUCCAAGAAAAAGGUGAACUCCUCAACGCUUUUCCAGUCCUUGGAGACGAUGGUAGCAGGUUCGCGAAUCACCUUUCAAACGGAGUGCGAAAUGAUGCCAGAGGACAUGUACUUGCGCUACGCCACGGAGGUGUUGACGGAGAUGAACGGCCGCUUGACUCGAGCGCAAGCCGUCUCUCAAUGGUCUACCUGGCAGGCGGCUGUGGAAGCAGACGGUGAGACCAACGAUCCCGUCCAUGACUGGAAGGGGAAGAACAAAUGCCUGCGAAUAGCAGUGCCAGUUCAUGACAAGGUCAUCCUGGCCAACUUCUUUGAGAAGUCGAAAGGGGCAGUUUUGAAGGAGAAAGAGGAAAAGGGGAUCACAGAAUCUCAACUUGCAGCCAAGAAGAAAGCGUUGUUCCAGAACAACGAGAAGUUCGGUUCGUUCAACGACGAGCAGGAUGCUAAGGACCUUGCCGGCGGCAUGAUCCGCGCAGCUGGGCAGAGCGCUGCAGGCAACGCUUUCAUCGGCCAGGCCAUGGAGGUGAACUUGGACGAGCUAGUAAAAGAGGCUGCAGCAGAAGCGGCUAAGGCAGCGGAAGGGGAGCAAGGGUCUGCUUCGGAGUCUGAGCCCGAGGCCCCGAAUGGAUCCAAGACUGGGAGCAAGGGCGGCCAGAAAGGCAAAGGUGGCAGAGGUCAAGCCAAAGUGUGGUUUGAUCGCGACACUGCCAUUGCCAGCCGUGUUCGGACUGAGGGCACCGCCUUGUGCACCAUGGAGCUUCAGCUUCAAGCUCGCCUGGACGAAUGCCAGCAAUACCUCCAAGAGGUGCAAUCAAAGCCCUGUUUGCACGAAGUCAAGGUGGAGUACAGCACCCUGACGAAGCGAGUGGAGUUUCUUGAGGCUGUUCUUUCCCCCCAAGGUUCAGGCUUGACGUCCCUCAUCCAGAAGUAUGAGGAGCCCAAGGCGAACAGCGCGCCGCCAGCAGCAACUUCCCCAGCUAAAGCAUCUGCGACAGAACCGUCCACAGCUUGGCAGGCGCAACUCCAAAGCGCUCCCCCUUGCGCCAGCUACGCAUCUUUGACAUGCCUUUCUUCCCACAAGGACAGCGUGGACGCUUUCUGGAAGUGCCAGACAGCAGCUGAGCUGAAAGAGCUCGCCAAGACACGCGCAGUGAGCCGGAAGCCGCUUGGUGAACUCAGCAAUUCUGUGAAUGCUGGGUUGAAGGAGCUCAAGAAGGCGGUGGCUAGCUGUGAGCAGCGCGCAGCAAAGCGUGCCAGCAAAGGUGGAGGAAAAGGCGCCCAGAAGGAGAAAGUUGGAGGGAACCAGGCCGUGUUUGAGCAGGGCAUCACGUGCGCCCAGGAGGUGAGCGCGGUGAGCUUGACUUCGUUGAAGAGCGGAGCAGAGAAGUUGCCAGCAAUGUGCAUGCCCAUUUUGGUCAACCUUGGAGAGCACGCAGCUUGCUUAGCAAAGGCGCCCCCCAUGGCAGCCCAGUCCACGGCCUUCAAGACAGCCUUUGCUGAGAAGAUCAAAGCCAUGGCCCGGAGCAACAUGAGCAAGCCGCCUGAACAAAGGACCAAGGCCCGCGCUGCUGCCAAGUUGUCACAGGAGGCGCUGGAUGCUUGGAGCGCUUUUGAAAGCGUUCUGCCUGCUGAGUUGAUUUUGGGAGCAGUGCCUGGGUCGACUCCAAGCCCAACUGCAGGCCUGCCCAGCCAUCUUGGCAUUCAGGCUGGCUCUGUUGCUGCAGGGGCGGAAACCGACUAUGCGUUUGCCUUGUCAAUGAGAAGCCCUGAUGAGUUCGAAGCGGGGUGGCGCUAA